GGGGGGAUAUUCGUAUUUUUUAAACUACAUUGUUGGUUAGGGGCUUGUAAGUAAGCAUUUCACGGUAAGGUCUACUACACCUGUUGUAUUCGGCGCAUGUGACUAAUACAAUUUGAUUUGAUUUGAGAGAGAGAGAGACCAGUAACAAUAAUGCUUUUAUCUCUCUGUACAGACAGACGCAGAGAGCAUCCGCGCGAUAUCGGACAUACCUUGGGCCUUUUAUCUAUAGCCUUCUAAACAGUCUUCAUCAAGCGAGCAUGAGAAACUGCGAGUAACGAUUACAUUAAUGUCUCAUCAGUAACUCCUUGGUAUUUUUUUUGUUUCAUGAUUUUUUUAAAUCAUCAAGAAGGGUGACUGAGUGAAACCAGAAGAGAUAAUAUCUACUCUAGCUUCUUUUGUCAUCAAUUUUAGCCUACUACUGGCUAGUGGAAAACAAGCCCCACGUUUGCUCAAUUGCGCGAGAGAUUCUGUCGUUCUAACGAUGUGGCAGUGUAAGCAGUUGGUUGGGGGUGCAGGAAUUCGUCCUAAAAUCUCUUCUCUGUUGAACCACUUUGGAGAGGAUAACCUGUGCAAUGGAAUGGCAAUGAGAUUCAAUUUGGGUGGAUUGUUUUUAUAUACAGUCUUCUUGCCUACUAUAAUCCCUGCGGCGAAAGUGGUGCUGAUGACAGGAUAUCUAAUUUUCUGCGCGGGGGCACUGAGGUGGCUAUGAUGACGAUACGUACCUUAUACACAUAAACAAAGAUCGGUCACUAAACUUGGAUUGUGCAUGUUUUUCUAUCACGGGUAGAUGUUGUCGGUUUCCCUUCGGUUUCAUGGCUGGCGCACGGCAGAUAAAAACUUUGUUGACUUUAAACAUCUGCAUGUUUGUGGGUAUUAUACUGUUCUCGGUUUACUGCAGAAUUCAGGAUCGCUCAGAGGAACUCCUGAAGAACGGCAGGACCACUGUGCAAAGAUCUAACCGCAGAAAUGGAAAAGUUACUAACUUUGUGGAGAAGCAAGCUAUUCUUCAGAGGCUUGAGCAUCUUGAGGAAGUGGUCUACCAUCAAUUGAACGGUCUGGGAAAGUCGGUUGGGGUACUGGAGGGACGAGUGGGCCAGGGACAGGGGCAGGCCAGGACCCCUGCAACUCUGAGAAGCCCUGUCCGCGACCCAGAUGGGGGAAAGUACGAAGAGUAUGGCUACAACGCACAGCUGAGCAAUCAAAUCCCACUGGAUAGAUCCAUUCCUGACUACAGGCCGAAAAAGUGCAAGCUGAUGACUUACCCAGAUGACCUCCCUCAGAUGACGGUGGUGUUCAUCUUUGUAAACGAGGCCUUGUCAGUGAUCCUACGGUCAGUCCACAGCCUGGUCAAUCACACACCUGCACACAUCCUCAAGGAGAUCAUCCUGGUGGACGACAACAGUGACAGUGUGGAACUAAAGCUGAAUCUGGAUCAGUAUGUGAAUAAGCAGUACCCAGGUCUAGUGAAAAUGGUGAGAAAUAGCAGACGGGAAGGACUUAUACGGGCCAGAAUCCUUGGCUGGAAAGCUGCCACUGCACCAGUUGUUGGCUUCUUUGACGCACAUGUUGAGUUCAACACAGCAUGGGCAGAGCCAAUUCUAACCAGAAUCAGGGAGGAUCGAACACGUAUUAUUCUACCGUCGAUCGACAACAUCAAGUACAACACGUUUGAGGUGCAGCAGUAUGCUAACGCGGCCCAUGGCUACAACUGGGGCCUGUGGUGUAUGUACAUCACCCCCCCUCAGGCCUGGCAGGACAGAGGAGAUGAGACGGCCCCCAUCAGGACCCCUGCCAUGAUUGGCUGCUCCUUUGUGGUGAACAGAGAAUACUUUGAAGAGAUUGGCCUUCUAGACCCAGGCAUGGAGGUGUAUGGAGGAGAGAACAUUGAAUUGGGCAUGAGGGUAUGGCAGUGCGGGGGGAGUAUGGAGGUGUUACCGUGUGCUCGGGUGGCACACAUUGAACGCACCAAGAAACCCUAUAACGACGACAUUGAUUACUAUGCAAAGCGCAAUGCCUUGAGGGCAGCCGAGGUGUGGAUGGAUGACUACAAAUCGCACGUCUACAUGGCCUGGAAUAUCCCCAUCAACAACGCUGGAGUUGAUUUUGGAGAUGUUUCUGAGAGAAUCGCCUUGAGGAAGAAAUUGCAAUGUCAUAGUUUCCAGUGGUACUUGCAGAAUGUGUAUCCAGAGAUGCGAGUGUACAAUGACACCAUCACCUAUGGUGAGGUGCGAAACAGCAAGGCCAGUGGCUAUUGCUUAGACCAAGGACCUAACGAUGACAACAGCGCGAUUCUCUACCCGUGUCAUGGCAUGACAUCUCAGCUGGCUCGUUACACCUCAGAAGGGCUUUUGCAGCUUGGUCCCCUGGGCUCCACUACGUUCCUGCCCAACACCAAGUGUCUGGUGGACGAGGGACGAGGGCGGACGCCAAGUCUCAAAAAAGUUGAUGGAGCGUCACACUCAUCACAAAGGCUUUGGGACUUCAGUCAGAACGGCCCAAUAAUCAGCAGAGACACUGGUCGUUGUUUGGAGGUGGAGAUGUCUAAAGAGGCAAGCUUUGGCCUACGGCUGGUGGUCCAGAGGUGCUCUGGACAGAGGUGGACUAUCAGGAACUGGAUCAAACCACCACGACACUGAGGGCACAAUAUACAGGCCAGCUGAUGUCUACAAAAAAGACAUGGGACUCUUACCUUGUAGCACUAGGACUAUCCUCUUUACAAAUAUUGUGUUCCUUUGGAUUGAGGCUAUAAACUCCAUUGUCUGCUCCCGGAAAGGUCAAGGAAUUUCAAAAGCAUCUCAACACCAACCUUCCACAACUCAAGCAUCUUAACAACAAGUUGUCACAAAGUAUGGAGGAUACCUAUCCCUACGAAGAACCAGAGGAUGUACCAUAACCGCUACAGAGGUUGUCUAUGACAAUGAUAGUUGCAGUCUGCGAUACUUAAGGAGGUAAUACAAGCGAACUGGCACAUGUUGACGAACCAGUUCAUUUUGAGUGUGUUUUGUUUCUGAUUUCAGAUUUCACGCCAUAAUACCUGAACACAAUUAUGUUCCUUCAAUCAUAUCUGUCAUCUGGAGGGCUAAAUUAUCUCACAUUCAUGGACAAUAGAGGAACAAGGGAAAAACACAAAUUGUACAUAACUAGAAUCGAAUGAUAUGACAUUAAACAUUAUGACAUGUGUUCCUCCUUGACGAGUGAUUUUGUAUGAGAGCAGAAUUUUUUACUAUUCUUAAUCAUGAAAUGUAUUGUUUUCUCACCUCUACAGCUGGUUCCACAUACAUUUAUGCAAAGGGCUGACCUUGAGUCUCCAGGCUCUCCAGUUAUAUGUACGUGUUUCACUCAGACAACAUGUGAACUGUAAUCUCUGUGAUCAAGCACAGGGGAGGCAUCCAGGUAGCCAUUUGAUUAGCCGUUCAACAGUCUUAUGGCUUGGGGGUAGAAGCUGUUAAUAAGCCUUUUGGACCUAGACUUGGCCAUCUGGUACCGCUUGCCGUGGGGGUAGCAGAUAGAACAGUCUGUGACUAGGGUGCCUGGAGUCUUUGGCAUAUUUUAAGGCCUUCCUCUGACACUGCCUGGUACAGAGGUCCUGGAUGGCAGGAAGCUUGGCUACAGUGAUGUACUGGGCCAUACGCACUACCCUCUGUAGCACCUUGCGAUCGGAGGCCAAGCAGUUGCCAUACCAGAUGGUGAUGGAACCUGUCAGGAUGCUCUUGAUGGUGCAACUGUAUCACUUUUUGAGGAUCUGGGGACCCAUGUCAAAUCUUUUCAGUCUCCCGAGGGGGAAUAGGCAUUGUUGUGCCCUCUUCACGACUGUCCUGGUGUGUUUGGACCAUGAUAGUUUGUUGGUGAUGUGGACACAAAGGAACUUGAAGCUCUCAACUUGCUCCACUACAUCCCCAUCGAUUAGAAUGGGGGUUUUUCGGCCCUCCGUUUCCAGUAGUCCACGAUCAUCUCCUUUGUCUUGAUCAUGUUGGUCUCUGACCUACUCCCUAUAGGCUGUCUCAUUGUUGUCGGUGAUCAGGCCUACCACCGUUGUGUCAUCGGAAAACUUAAUGAUGGUGUUGGAGUCGUGCUUGGCCAUGCAGUCAUGGGUGAACAGGGAGUACAGCAGAGGACUAAACACGCACCCUUGAGGGUUGAGGAUCAGUGUUGUGGAUCAGGGUGACAGAUGUGUUGUUGCCUACCCUUAUCACCUGGGGGCAGCCAGUCAAGAAAUCCAGGAUCCAGUUGCAGAUGGAGGUGUUUAGUCCCAGGGUCCUUAGCUUAGUGAUGAGCUUUGAGGGCACUAUGGUGUUAAACGCUGAGCUGUAGUCAAUGAACAGCAUUCUCCCGUAGGUCUUCUUUUUGUCCAGGUGGGAAAGGGCACUGUUGAGUGCAAUAGAGAUAGCGUCAUCUGUGGAUCAGUAUGCAAAUUGGAGUGGGUCUAGGGUUUCUGGGAUGAUGGUUUUGAUGUGCGCCAUGACCAGCUUUUCAAAGCACUUCAUGGCUACAGACUUUUAGGCAGGUUACCUUGGUGUUCUUGGGCACAGGGACUAUGGUGGUCUGCUUGAAACAUGUAUGUAUUGCAGACUCGGCCAGGGACAGGUUGAAAAUGUCAGCGAAGAAACUUGCCAGUUUGUGAAUGUUGAUCUGUUUAAAGGUCUUACUCACAUUGGCUAAGGCGAGCGUGAUCACACAGUUGUCCGGAACAGCUGGUGCUCUCAUGCAUGCUUCAGUGUUGUUUGCGUCCCGGUUAGAGUCCUGCUCCUUGAAAGCGGGAUUCUACCCUUUAGCUCAGUGCAGAUGUUACCUGUAAUCCAUGGCUUCUGGUUGGGGUAUGUGAGUAUGGUCACUGUGCGGAUAACGUCAUCGAUGCACUUAUUGAUGAAGCCGGUGACGGAUAUGAUAUACUCCUCAAUGCCAUCGGAUGAGUCCAGGAAACAUAUUCCAGUAUGUGCUAGCAAAACAGUCCUGUAGCUUAGCAUCUGCGUCAUCUGACCACUUCCGUAUUGAGCCAGUCACUGGUACUUCCUGCUUUAGUUUUUGCUUGUAAGCAGGAAUUAGGAGGAUAGAAUUAUCGUCAGAUUUGCCAAAUGGAGGGCGAGGGAGAGCUUUGUACAUGUCUCUGUGUGUGGAGUAAAGGUGGUCUUGAGGGUUUUUUCCCUCUGGUUGCACAUGUAAAAUGCUGGUAGAAAUUAGGUAAACCGGAUUUAAGUUUCCCUGCAUUAAAGUCCUCGGCCACUAGGAGCGCCACCUCUGCAUGAGCAUUUUAUUGUUUGCUUAUAGCUUUAUACUGCUUGGUGGUAAAUAGACAACUACGAAAAAUAUAGAUGAAAACUCUCUUGGUAAAUUGUGUGGUCUACAGUUUAUCAUGAGAUACUCUACCUCAGGAGAGCAAAACCUUAAGACUUAAUUUUGAUUUUGUGCAACAGGUGUUAUUGACAAAUAGACACAGACCGCCAACCCAUGUCUUGUCGGAGGUUGCUGUUCUGUCUUGCCGAUGCACGGAAAACCCAGCCAACUGUAUAUUAUCCAUGUCGUCGGUCAGCCACAACUCGGUGAAAUGUAAGAUAUUACAGUUUUUAAUGUCCCAUUGGUAGGAUAGUCUUGAACGGAGCUCAUCCAGUUUAUUCUCCAAUGAUUGCACAUUGGCCAAUAGGACGGAUGGUAGAGAUGGGUUACUCACUCGCCUACGAAUUCUAUCAAGGCACCCGGACCUGCGUCUCCUGUAUCGGUACCUCCCUGUGUAGAACCUAGUUAUGACAAGUUUUUGCUGUUUGGUAUUCACUACCGUUGCAAUAUUUGAGAUACUGAAAUAGAGCAUGUGCAACCUGUGCAAAACAAUUUAAAUUCAAGGUCAAGACAAGUAGAGCGAAGAUGAUAUGUUGAUGAAAAAUGCAUGAGUAUCAUGAGAUGCAGAGGGUGAUAGCUGUUCUUGUUUUAAUCUUGCGUAGAGACUACCUCAGACUGAAGACAAAUUCCCUCAUCAUGCUACACCAGAAGAUACGUGCCUAACUCCACUUUCCCUCUGUAAUAAAAGAGUAGGUUUGGCUCAGGGGGAGAGAGGAUAAGUAGGUGGCAGAAUGCAGAAUGGACCUCAAUAUCCCUCCCAGGAGGAGACCGCUGGAAUAUAAAAUGUCAAAUUAAAUUGGUGGUGGAUAUCUUUACACUAUGAUGAAAGCAAGCACAGUUCCCUGCUAGGCUUUAAACGUGACAAUACCUGUUAUUAAAGCUUUGCUGCUGUGACAGGUUUUUCCAGAAACUAUAUAUUUCGUUCAGAAACAUAAUGGAUGAAUAUUGAUAUGUUCAUAGUCAAGUUGU